AUUUGUAUAAAAAUAAUAUUGACUAUCCCUUAUCGCAUGAUGAGACUCAUGAAAACCACGUGCAUUAUGUAGAGCGCAUAAGGAAGUUAUCAUGACAUAAGCACUGAUCAGCUUAGCCUUAGAAUUUACCAGAUAGUAUACAAUUAACGUUUAAAUACAUUCAAAUCAGAUAAAUAUCUGAUAAUCCAAAUAGUGAUUACAGACGAGGCUUGCAGGGAAAUACCGCAACCAACGACCGUGAUGGUUGAUCCUGUUACAUGGAAUUGUAAACAAGUUGGUCACUGGUUGAAAGAAAAUGGUUUUGAAAAAUACAAGAAGUUACUCUGUGACGAGCACAAGAUCAAUGGCGAAGCAUUACUAGUACUCACAGAAAAUGACUUGAAACAGCCACCAUUACAGUUGACGGUGUUAGGAGAUAUUAAACGGUUAAUGCUUAUCAUUAGAAAAGUACAAUCACAGAGUAAUGUUAAUCUAAGCCCUCAACCAAAUGGCUCUAGAACAUUCCAGAAAACAUCAACACCUCUCUCAAGGUCAUACCAACAGUCAUCAUCUCCACAAAGUUAUGAACGUUUGGAUAGCAAUGAGUCGAUGGAAGAAAAUGAUAAUGCUGAUUUAAAUGAAAUUUCACAACAGUUGAGACAGGGACAUUUUUCCAAAAAUUUGGACCCAGAGCUAUGGAAGACUGCAUUAAGUUUCAUAUAUGUAUUUACAGUUUUCUUACUGACUUCCUUUGUCAUGGUUAUAGUCCAUGACAGGGUACCAGAUACAGAUAAAUACCCUCCAUUACCAGAUAUAUUCUUAGAUAAUGUACCAUAUAUCCCAUGGGCAUUUAAAGCAUGUGAAAUUAUUGCAAUAGGACUAGGAACAACAUGGAUUGUUUUAUUAAUAUUUCAUAAUCACAGAUUUAUAUUGAUGAGAAGAAUGUUUUCCAUGAUAGGAACCAUUUUUUUACUACGUUGUAUUUGUAUGUUAAUUACAUCAUUGUCUGUACCUGGUGCUCAUCUGAAAUGUGAAGGCAAGCUGUAUGGAGAUAUAUGGACCAAACUUCGUAGAACCUUUGAGAUCUGGACAGGACUAGGUAUGACACUGUCUGGUGUUAGGACUUGUGGAGAUUACAUGUUCAGUGGACAUACAGUUUUUGUAACUAUGCUUAAUUUUCUCAUAACUGAAUACACUCCAAGAAAGAUGUACUAUCUCCAUACUUCAGCAUGGGUAGCCAAUAUGUUUGCAUUAUUCUUCAUUCUAGCAGCCCAUGAGCAUUACUCCAUAGAUGUGUUCGUUGCUUUCUACAUCACGUCCCGUAUGUUUCUAUAUUACCACACUCUUGCCAAUAAUCGUUCACUUAUGUUACGUGAUAAGAAGAGAACACGAAUCUGGUUUCCUUUAUUCUCAUUCUUCGAGUCUAAAUGUGAUGGUAUUGUACCUAAUGAAUUUGAAUGGCCGCUGCCUAGCUGGACACGAGUUAAACACUUUUUUAUUGGAUUGAAAUCUGACAUUGCAGCUAGUUCUAAGAACAAAAAGAAGCUGUGAAAAAGAAGGAAUUAAGUUUAAUGUAAGUGAAAUGUUUGUCAAUUUCAUUUAUAUAUUUAGCUUGUUCUAUGUACAGUUAUAUUGACCAAAAAUAUUUGUAAUUUUGACAUGAACAUAUUAUGUUUCUCCACUAAUCUAUAGAGCUAGUGUAUUGUAUAUUCUUAUCUGAUUUCAUUUAUUUGGUAGUUAAUUUUGAAUGAUAAAAAAAAAAGCUGAACUUGAAUUUUUCUGGGUACUUCUCAGUAGUCAGAAUUUAACUAAACAGUACUGUACUUUCUGUAACAAUUUGGUCAUUUUUGUUUCUCAGUAAAUUUUGAUAUAUAUGGGUGAUAUUUCAUGACUCUAACUACAAACUUCAUGCCAAUGUGAGUAGUUUAGACUUUAUGUUUAGAUCAAUUGCUGGAUUAUCCUUUGCCUAUGCCUGUUGAUCAAAGGGUAUAUUAUUUACAUAGUUCUUUCAAUAUGACAUCUGUUUUAUAGUCAGUUUUAAGACUUACAAUGUAAGUCACCCCAUGGGUCUGAAGACUGAACUCUUUCUAAAGCGUAUCUUUAAUUAGAGAAAAUUAUAAUGGAAUACUGUUGGUUCAUUUAUUUUCGUUAGUAUCAAUUUUCGUGGAUUGAGGAACAGUUGUGUUUUCGUGGUUUUGCAGAAGUUUUCUUACAAAACCUAAAGAAUAUUUAUACUUCGUGGUAUCCCACAUCUUGAAAAUGAGUCCACAGUAGUCUUAGUGUAGACUGUUUAGAACGAAAUAGCUUAAUAGAUGACUGUUUCUAGUGAUGAAUAAGAUAAAUGUCUGUAGAAUUAUACAUUAUUCAUGAAUGAGUAAAUAAUUGACAAACGCUUUGUAAAUUUACUCAUCUAAGGGAGCAACCAUUUAACUUCAAGGAGGGGUUAUGGUUUUUUGUCUGCGUCAGAAGAGCGAUCAAUUUUAUUUAGUUUUUCAACGCUAUCAAUCAAAUUAUUUUUUUCAAUAUUUAACACUAUAAGGUAUGGGGAAAAUCUGGAUUCAGAAUAUUUUUUUUGUCAUCUGCUUGACCAGAAUAUUUUUUUUCAUCAAAUUGGGGAUCAGAAUAUUUUUUUAGAAAAAAAACAAGUUAAAUGGUUGUUCCCUAAACACUGACACUUGCGAGAUCUGUGAUGAUUUUUUUUAUGUGAUAUUAAUUAUGUCUUAAGAGGUAAUAUCUUGCCUAUUUCCCUAGAGUAUAAAAAUACUGAAAAAAUAUAAUUUAGCUGAAAGAGAUUUACAAUUAAAUUUACCAAGAUAUGUAGAAAAAUUUCAGAUGCAUAUAUAUAUAUAUAUUGGAAAUGAUGUUUGUAGUACUAGUACAAUGAAUAUGACUGAGUACAUUGUAUAACAGAUUAGCCCUUGUCCAUUUGUUCCUUUAUUGUGUCCCUUCUGAUAAUGUUUCCAUUGCCUUUUCUCAUAAAACCAUGAUUAUAAACCGUUGACAUUUUACUGUUAUAAUCCUUUUGUAUAGUAAGCCAUGACUCACAUUUUAUGCCUGAUUGAGUUAUAUUUGGUAAAUUAAAAACCAAUGAUGUUAUAUUACUGAUAUUUCAGUGUUACCUUUCCAUUACAAAAUACAACUGGUGAGUUUCAUUUGAUUUAUUUUUAAUGAAGUUGUGGCCUAUUGAAAUAGAAAAUAGAUUGAAGAUCUCAGUUUUUCAUACUUUUUCUGUAAUGCCUGAAUCAACUAAUUAGAUUUCCUACCAUAGGAAUACCUGAAUCACUUGAUUAGAUUUUUUUAUAAAGAUCAAGCAUAAGUUUCAUUCUAGUUGAACGAUUUUUGCUGAAGUUGUGACUCUAGGUCAUAAAAAUUUAUUUUAACAAUAUAUGUCUCAGGGAUUUGGUAUUGCCAAGAGUUACUUGCAAUAUCUGCAUCUUCAAAUAAAUAUUCUAGUGAACAAUAAUCAAGUUGAUGUGAUCACAAACUAAAGGAUAUAUGUACAUUAAACCUAAACUUCGACCUGAGAUGUGGUCCAUGAAGUAAGAACACACAAUACAUUACAAUUAAGGUUAAUUAUGCCCCAUAUAAGGAAGUUGAGGAGGGUAUAAAGUUUUUGUUCAGAUUGUCAUCAAUUUCUUGUCCCCUUGCUAGCACCUUCAUUUAUUUUUAGGAUCCUUCCAAAUUUGAAUGGUUUCAACUGUUUGUAACCUUGGAUGAGUUCGAAAGUCAGAAAUAUCUAUAAUUCAGGACCAUUUUUACAGGAGGAAGGCAUGUAAAAGUAUCCCAUAUAAAUUCUUGAUUCCAGGAUAGUUCAUUCAUUUUAUACCAGAUCCUCUUCAAAUUGGAAUGAAGGUUUUUACUCAUCAAAACCUAAGGUGAGCUCCAUUACAAAAUAAAUCUAAAUUGAGGGACCAUUACUUCCCAAGGGUAAUUUGUAAAAAUAUUCAAUGAUAUGUUUUCUUGCUGUAAUAACACCUGUAUUUUUAGAUCAAUUGGUCCACAGGCCAGUGUUCACUAUCGCUAUCACUUGGUAUCUUUGGCGUCAUCUGUUAACUUUUACAAAAUUCUUCUACACUGAAACAACAGGCCAAAUAAAACCAAACUUGACCACAUUCAUCCUCAGGGUAUACAGUUUUAAAAUGUGUCCUGUGAUCCAGCCUGUCAACCAACAUGGCUGCCAAGGCUAAAAAUAGAAAAUAGGGUAGAAUGCAAGUAUUGUCUUUUAUCUUGUAAACAAGUUUUGGUGUUUUUCCAUACAUUUAUUUUUGGUAUUUGAGUGUUCUCACCAAAGGUUCUUUCAAUAUUUUAUACCGGUUAUGAUUUAUGAUAUUGUAAUUGGUGUUGUUCUUGACUUUAUAUUAUGAUAAUUAUUUUUUCCCCUACAUUGACUGUUGUUAAGGGUGUGACAAAGUGAACAAAACACUUGGCUAUAUUCGUAUGCAAUGUAUAUAAAUAUAAUUUUCACCUAUGCAUUUCUAGAUGCUUAACUUUUUAUAUCUAUAUUACUAUAUUUUUUUACUCUAUUGUUUUGCUACAUGUAAUUGAUGACAAUUAUGAUGUGCUAAUAUGUUAUUUUUGUUCAUUAUUAUUUAUUAAUUUCUAAGUAUGUGAUUAUGCAAAGCAAUAUUUGAAAAGCAAACAAGAUAGAUUGUUUAAUAGACUGUCUAUAUCUGUUAGGAUUUUACAAAAAUAAGGAAUAAUAAUGUUCUUACUAUUUUCUGUUGCCAUAGAAAACUUGUAUGAUUUAUGUAAAAAUGUGACUAAUUAAUGGUUUUUUGUCAUAAGUUGAUUGUUACAUGACAUCAGGUUAUAAACUUCCAGUGAAUCUGUGUGUAGUGUGUAUAUUUAAUGUUUAUAGUAGGAGUCUGACACACAACUUAUCGUCCUGAAUAUGCAUGAAAUAUUUGCCACUGGACGUAAAGCAACCAACAAUCAAUCACAACAUGCAAUCCUGGGGAACAAGGGAGAUAAUUAUGCAAAUGACCGGGAAGAGAAUAUGAAUGUAUACUCUGAAAUGUACACUGCAGAUGUUAAUGUAAAUAAUAUCUUCUAUUUUAUUAUUAGUGGUUAUAUAGUUUUACUCUAGGAAUUAAAUUACUAGGUUUUGUUUUUGAACUCUUUUCCUUUAAAACAGUUUUACAAUAAUGUGCCAUAGAAUUUUGUUAAAAGGCAGGUGUAGAAAUUUGAGUGUUUUUUCAAAGUACUUAAUAUAUUAUUUUAUCAUGAUAUGUUUGUAUUAAAGACAGCCAAUCAAAGUUAAUAAAGAUAUUGCUUGA